GAUUUGGCUGUUCUGACCACCCAAACCCUCACCCUCUCUGUUUUUCCUCUUCCUUCACAUUUUCUCUCUCUGCAUUUUCCAAUUGCUCUCACAAACCCUAAUUCUCGCUCUACCUAUACAUAACUCAUAUGUAUACAUCCCUCAAUUUGCCUCUGGAAUCUGUUUCACUCUGAUAGUUCUGUAUCGCCAGUCGCCGAUUCACUUCUCUCUCAAUCUUGCUCUCACUAUUUGUGUGUUUUGUGUGUGAUUCUCCGUUCGAGGUCUUUGAUUGUUACCUGAAAUUCUCUGAAAUAUCAUUUUGUUGUGAUGUCGGAAAGUAAGCUAGAUCUUCCGGAGGAUCUCAUCGGUUCGAAGCCGUCCGAUCAAUCGUGGAUUCCGAAAGCUUCCACUGGAAAUGAUGAGGACAAGGGGUUGGUUGGAUUACUGGAUGAGUCAAAGGAUCAAGCAGCAUCUGAGAGCAUUCCGUUGUCUCCGCAGUGGCUGUAUGCUAAGCCUAAUGAACCUAAAAUGGAAGCUCGUGGCCCAAGUUCUCUGUCUCUUGGAACCUCUGCUGAUUUGAACCAAAAGGAGGUUUGGCGCUCAGAUGCCCCUGAGGACAAAAAAGAUUGGAGAAGGAUUGCUCCUGAACCUGACAGUGGUCGCCGCUGGCGUGAGGAAGAAAGGGAAACUGGGCUGCUUGGGCGAAGGGAUCGCAGGAAGGUGGAUAGACGGGCUGACAAUGCUCCAGGCAGAGAACCUACUGAUAACAGAUCUUUGCCAGCAACUGAUAGGUGGCAUGAUGCUAAUAAUCGCAGUGCUGGCCAUGAAACAAGGCGUGAUAGCAAAUGGUCUUUAAGGUGGGGUCCUGAUGACAAAGAAAAGGAUUCUCGGGUGGAGAAAAGGACAGAUGUGGAGAAGGAAGAGUCCCAGAAUGAAAGUCAAUCCUUUGUCUCAAAUAGUCGUUUGGGUCCUGAGCGUGAAACAGAUUCUCGUGAUAAGUGGAGGCCUCGGCACAGGAUGGAGGGGAAUCCUGCUGGGUCUGGUCAGCGGUCUGCUCCUGGAUUUGGACCUGAAAGGGGAAGAGUUGAUGGUUCAAAUGUGGGCUUUACUGUGGGGCGUGGUAGAUCCUCUGCUUCCAUUGGAAGACCUUCGUCUGCUUCUCCAAUUGGUGCUGCUCAGUGUGACAAAGAUGGAAAAUUUGUUUACCCUAGAGGCAAACUACUUGAUAUAUAUCGUAAGCAAAAGCUGGAGUCAUCCCUUGAUCUCAUGCCGGCCAAUUUUGAGGAAGUACCCCCAAUAACUCAAUUAGAGACUGUAGAGCCUUUAGCUUUUGUUGCUCCGGACACUGAGCAGGAGGCUGUACUGAGUGACAUAUGGAAGGGUAAAAUAACUAGCAGUGGAGCCUCAUACAGCGCAUUUAAGAAGGGCAGAUCUGGUGAUAGUUUUUCAGAAGUGGCAGACAUUGAAUUCCCCAAUGGAAGGCAGGUUUCCUUCUCUGCUGAUGUCACUGAAGAGAUACCAGAUAACAUUGAGAAAACAUCAGCUGAUAUUCAUGAAGCUAGUGUCGACAGCAUAUUCUACAAUACUUCACUGAAAGCAGAAAAAACUGCUGAUCAUGAAGAACAAUACGAACUUUCAGAGACUAUGAAUGGAAAACAUCUGGAUAUUGGCCGUCUGCAAGCUCUAAAUAGUGCUCAGUUUGGUGAGUUGCAGCUAAAGGUUGCAGGUCCUGCUGUCAACCAGCAUCCUUUGUUUGACAGUAUCCAAUCUGCCUCGCUGUUUGAUGUAAACAAUAAACUCCGUGAUUCUGUUCAAACAUCGGAGCAGUUCUGGGAUGGCGGGAUGCACAAGACUGGGAGCAGAGCCCAUGAAUAUCAGCUGGAUAGAGGAAUCCCUCCAGAGGAAUUGAGUUUGUAUUAUCGGGAUCCUCAAGGGGAAAUACAGGGACCUUUUCUCGGGGUGGACAUUAUUUCCUGGUUUGAGCAAGGGUUUUUUGGGGCCGAUUUACCUGUUCGUUUGGAAGAUGCACCUGAUGACUCACCCUUCCUGGAACUGGGAGAUGUUAUGCCUCAUUUAAAAUUUGGACAUGAGUAUGGUAGUGGCACUGAAUUGAAUUCCAAUUUAGAAAAGUCAGCUGUAAUGGAGGGUGCAUCUGAAACAUGCUUACAAUCUGGUGUUCCAGUUCCUGAAUCUAUUUCUUCCAGUGUAGUGGAUGGAUCCAGCUGGCAGUUACAUGAGUUUGAUAAUAUCCCUGCACAUCAAGGUCAGUCAAAUGUAUCUGAGAGUCAUCGUCAUCUGUCACAACACAUGUACUCUCAGGGAAAAGAUUUCAGUGAUUUUGGUGUCCAAGAUGAAGAAAUCGUAUUUCCUGGGAGACCUGGUAGUGGUGGUGGUGCUAUAGGGAAGAUGUCAAGAGGAUAUGGGGAAUCUGCUUCAAAUAGUGGGAGUCAGUCUUAUCUUCCUAAUGAAAUGACAGAUUCCGGUAUGUCCAAUCAGAAUGACAAUAAGAUGAAUCCUUUUAGUUUGUUAUGGUCUGAGCUUGAAAGUACAUACACGAGGAGUGAACAGGCACCUCCAUUUAGCGGAGGUGUGCAGGAGAAACUUGUAAAUGCAGGACCUGGUAGGCUUUCCCCUUUUGGUGCCAUGACUAAUCCGGGUCACGCCCCAGAGGCAUGGAAUGAUGCUUAUGGCAGCAGCUCACAUUCUAAUUCCAACUUGUAUCAAGAUGUCAUGGAUGGUCGUCAUUCAUCUAGAAUGGACCAAGAUUUUAGCCAGUUUGAUUUAGCAGAGAAGCUAUUGCAGCAGCAACUUCAGCAGCAGCAUCUCCAGCCACAUGGCGUGAUGCCUUCGCAUAAUACACACUUGAAUGAUGCAAUGCUAGAAGGGGGCCCAGCUUCUAAGUUGAUGCACCACAAGCAGCUUGCUAAUCAAAUGGGGCAAGAUGUGGAACAUAUAUUGGCCCUUCAGCGGCAGCAGCAGAGGCAGCUCCAACUUCAACAACAGCAGCAGCUGCAGCAACAAGAGCAGUUUCAUCAGCAGCAAAUGUUGUUGAAAGAGCAACAGCAGUCUCAGGCAAGACAGGCUCUUCUUGAGCAGUUGCUGCAGAGUCAAAUGCGCGAGUCAGGUCGUGGGCAGUCACGGAUUGAUUCUCUUAGACCCAAUGCUGCUCUUGAACAGGCUUUGUUGAAGCAGCAAAUUCUAAAUGACCGGCAACAGCGCUCCCAAUUUCCUUCUAGGCAUCCUGAUCCAUCCAUUGAGCAGCUGAUUCAAGCAAAAUUUGGUCAACUGCCUCAUCAAGGCCAUCAAAAUGAUUUAAUGGAGCUUUUGUCACGUGGAAGGCACGGGCAGAUUCACCCCCUGGAUCAACAGAUCAUUCAGCAAGAUCAGCUACAUGGGAGGCAGUUGCCUUUGGGGUUAAGGCAGCGAUUGGAAAUGGAAGAAAGGCCAAUCAACCCUGGGUGGUCGAUUGACGAAGCUAGUCAGUUCCAUAGAAAUCCCUCUGCCUCUAAUAGAGCUAUCACUGCAGGAUUUGGCCCAUUAGACUUUUAUUCCCAACAAAUUCCACCACCCGAGGAGCAUCUCAACCUUCUUGACAGGAACCUUUCCGUACAGGAGCGACUCCAACAUGGUCUCUAUGAGCCUGGCAUGUUGCCUUUUGAGCGUUCAAUGUCAUUGCCUGUGGGUCCUGCUGGGGUGAAUCGUGAUAUUGUGAAUUCAUUGGCUCGUGCUCAAGGCAUUGAAAUGCAGGAGCAGAUUGCACGGAUGCAGUCUAGUGGUCAAGGCGGAGGAUUCUCGUCUGGCAUGUUUUCUCAGCACAUAAACCAUCCUUUACAUCCCAAUCAAUUUCAUGAUUCACGAAUGGAUGCGACUGAGGGCCAUUGGUCUGAGAAUAAUGGUCAGUUACCAAAUGACUGGAUAGAGUCUAGAGUUCAACUACACCUUCAUAAUGAAAGGCAGAGGAGAGAGUUAGAUGCCAAAAGAAAUACUGAAGACCCUAGUCUGUGGAUGUCAGCUGGAACAAAUGAUGACAGUUCAAAGCGUUUGCUUAUGGAGCUACUACAUCAGAAAACUGGUCACACAUCUAGUGAACAAUUUGAUAUGAUUAAUGGAAUACCAAAUGAGAGAAGGCCACCUUCAGGUCAUCGUUCUGGGAGCAUGUCAAACCAGUCAUUUGGCGCUCUUUCAGACCAAGAAACUGGUUUCAGCAACUCAUUCACUGUUGGGUCUUAUGGUUCUGAUUCUGGUGUGCCACCCCAGAGUAGACCAUCUGAGGGGAUAAGCAAUGUCCUGGAAAUUGGUGGAUUGGCUUAUAGAUCUAAAGGUGGAGGAAUGGUUUCUACUGCCAUUGAUGAAAACUCUCAGGGAAUGAUUUCUGAUGCUCAAGAAGGCUUAAUUGAGCAGGCUGGGUUGACAUCUGAUGACAGAGUGGAUAUGCCGGUCAAUGUCCUAAGCAGAAAUAAGUCACUUGGCUCUGCUGGUAAUGGUUUUCAGAAUAUCAAGAUUGGAUCAGAUGAUUCUGUUUCAGAGGAUGUUGCUAAGGAUAGGUUGCGAUCGUCCAGUUCAAAAGGACCAGAGAAUGUCUUGCUGAGGCGUCCACCUGUAUCACGAGCUGCAUCUUCUCAGGAAGGUUUGUCAGAGCUGAAUGUUGACACGGCCAGAGGGAAAAGUCUUUCAAGUACUGUAACUUCUGAUGGAGUGAGACGUGAGGCAGGAGCUACCGCUGUAGGAAAUGUAGAGGCAGCUAGCAGAAGAGAUGUACAGUUCCGACGAACUUCAUCCUGUAAUGAUGCAGAUGUAUUGGAAACAUCAUUCAGUGACAUGCUUAAAAGCAGUGCUAAGAAGCCAAUACCUCAAGAAACUCAUGCUUCAGCAGCAACUACAGAGCCGCUAGAUGGGGCGUCGGGGGCUCGGAACAAAAAGAAAGGCAAGAAAGGUAGACAGAUUGAUCCUGCUCUUCUUGGUUUCAAGGUCACUAGUAAUCGGAUCAUGAUGGGCGAAAUUCAGCGGAUAGAAGAUUAAAUAGAAAAAAUGUGUUGUAAUGAUCUUGUUCACAAUUGCUGUACAUGAUUAGGGUUUUGUAUAGUUUUUAUAGAGGUUAAUUCUUUAUUUUAUUUUGGGGGCAUCCUGUAGGUUGAGUGAGAAGCUCUUGGCCCUUUAGAGGCCAAUUGGAAUAGUAGAUUACUAGACAUUUUUCAGAGAAAUGACAAUAAUCUAUGGAUGUAUAAUGCAUAAACUAAUGCAGUUUUUGUCA